UAAUGCCCACCCCCGACCUGGAGCCGCGGAGUCCUGGGGCUGCAAGCGCAGCGAGCUUCGCUCCGGUGCAGGCGAGGGCAUAGCACCGACUGCGGCUUCUGGACGGCUCUGUGAGUUGACGGUAGCUUCCAGGACUACAUUCAGGAGAUGAAGGAAGACGGUCCUCCCAGUUCUCACGUGCCCAUCAGUGACAGCAAGUCCAUUAUGAAGUCGGAGCUCUUAAGCCUGCUGAAGACCUACAACUGCUACCACGAGGGCAAAAGCUUCCAGCUGAGACACCGAGAGGAAGAAGGGGCUCUGAUCAUCGAGGGGCUCCUCAACAUCGCCUGGGGACUCAGGCGGCCCAUCCGGCUCCAGAUGCAGGACGACCGAGAGCGAGUGCACCUCCCCUCGGCUUCAUGGACGCCCCGACAGCCCAGCUGCCUCCCGAAGGAGCCACCGCCCAAGGACGGUGGGGUCACUGCCGAGGAGCUGGGUGCUCAGCCCCUGUCCAAGGCUGAGAGUUCUAGAGACAGCUCAGGGCCCCAGGAGGAGGAUGAGGAGAUCCCGCAGCUGAUGCGAACCAAGAGCGACGCCAGCUGUACGAUCCAGAGGAGGCCCAAGAGCCGUGCGCCUGGCGAGGCACAGAGGAUCCGGCGACACCGCUUCUCCAUCAACGGGCACUUUUACAAUCACAAGACCUCCGUGUUCACUCCUGCCUAUGGGUCCGUGACCAACGUGAGGGUCAACAGCACCAUGACAACCCUGCAAGUGCUCACCCUGCUGCUGAACAAGUUCAGGGUAGAAGAUGGCCCCAGCGAGUUUGCACUCUACAUCGUCCAUGAGUCUGGGGAACGAACAAAAUUAAAAGACUGUGAGUACCCACUGAUUUCCAGGAUCCUGCAUGGGCCGUGCGAGAAGAUCGCCAGGAUGUUCCUGAUGGAAGCCGACCUGGGCGUGGAAGUCCCCCAUGACGUCGCUCAGUACAUUAAGUUUGAAAUGCCAGUGCUGGACAGUUUUGUUGAAAAGUUAAAAGAAGAGGAGGAAAGAGAAAUAAUCAAACUGACCAUGAAGUUCCAAGCUCUGCGUCUGACGAUGCUGCGGCGCCUAGAGCAGCUGGUGGAGGCCAAGUAGGGGCCCAGAGCCUGCCUCUGCCGGGGCCCCCAGCAGCAAGUGCACACUGAGUCGGGGUGGCCGGGCCCUGCCUGGGCACGCUGACUCCUGGCCACCAGCUGAGGACUGGAGCUCCUGUGUUGCUUUCUCCUGGUUUGCAGCCCAGGUACUGUGAGUCCCACACCCUGCGCUCCUGGCUCCAAGGUGAGCACUGAAGGGAGCAGCCUCGGGCCUGCGGAGCCAGCCAUGCUAGCUGGGGUCUGUGCACGAGGCCACCCUGGGCCACUGGCAGCCCUGAAACUUUGGCAUCGGCCACGUUACAUGGCUAUAUGACUUGGCCUGUCUCGUUCACCCCACACCUCUCCUGCUCAAGAGAGCAGCAGCUGGCUAGCACCUGUGGCAAAGGCUUCCCCCACUUGGCAGUGCCUAGCCCAUGGUCCGUGCAGGGCCACAAGCCACCGUGCUCAUCAUCCACGUGAUCCAUGUGAUCUCUGUUGCUCCCACGUCCCAGGACUCUGCUGAGAAACGCUGAGGCGGCCAGCAGCUGUGGGACAUGCCCUCUCCCAGCAAUCAUUUCACCCUGGUGUCCCGGGCUCCAAGCCCUGAUAUCACCCCAUGACCUUUGCACAUCCCAGCACUCCUGGUGUAAAGGUCAGACCAGAAAUAAGAGCACGAGCAUCCCAUCUUCUCUCUGUAAAAGUAAGUCUUCUCAGCAAGACCUAAAGAACUCUUGUAAGAAGCUUGCUGCAAGAAAUGCAUCCAUUUGAUCACGUGGAGGAAGCAGUCCACAUGGCAUUGCAGCGAUGCCGUCCGGGUGCAUGAGAGGCCAGGGGCUGCACUGCGGCAAUUCCAGGGGCAGUACUGAGCCCCGUCCCCUCCUCUGUCCUGUGGACACCUGGUGCCCCUUGCUGUCCCUGGGCUUGUGCUCCUUGAUCCUCUCCUUGUGAGCAGAGAGCAGCUCUCAUACUUCCCAUCAAAGCAGGGUAAUGCGGAGAAGCGUCUGUCGAGAAAGAGCUUUGAGCUCCCUGGGGAGCUCAAAUACUGAACAAUCUGUGCUCCUCAACUGAUGAAAAAUUUCUGGACAGAACGAGAAAGCCUUCCAAAACUAUGCAACAGUUUACACCAGUCACUGGAAACGUUUGUCCAGAACGAGAAGAGUGAAGGCCAGAUCGUCUCCCACUGGGGUCUGUGGAUGGCGGAUGUAAGGGAAAGAACCGGGAAAGAACCGUAAAGACUUCUGAAGAUAGGCGAGAGUCCAUCUGGCCUGCACGUGGGGGCUCACGGAGCAGAGCGCGGGCUCACCGAGCCGGGUGCAGCCUUCCCCGGGUGCCCCGACCCAGCUCCUUCAUGCUGCAGAGGCCUGCCCACAGCUCUGCUGGGUCCACUCUCCGUUGGCAACGUAGUUUCCCAGGUGCUGAAUAAAAGCAUGCUGUGUUGAACUGAA